AUGUUGGACAAGGUCCUCUGUGCGGGUUUUCUUGGGAGAGUCUAUUGCAGUGACUUAGGGUUUACCCUUAUCACAUUUAACUGGUGCAUCCUGUCCCGAGACCCGCACUCCCUGGAGAAUUUAGAGUAUGCUGAGGAAUAUGCUCAUUGUGCUUCGAGACUGGACAUGAAAUUCACCACGAGGGGCCGGUUUCUGCGCAUUGCACAUUUUUUUCCCUUCAGGAACGUGUUCGGGCCCGCGGCAGGGGGCGGGGUCGCGCCUCCUCCGCUGCUGUGGUUCCAGCGGAGCCUCACCGACGCGGACAUGGAAAUCCCGAGGUUCCUCCCGGCUCGCGGGACACUACAAGGUGGCGGCGGUGGCGGCGGGCCGGCGGGCGGCCGGCCCCAAGAUGGCGGGCCCGGGCGGCGGCGCAAGCCGACUCGCGCAGCCUCACCGGGCCCGGGCCCGAGCCUGCUGGCGCCGAGGCCCGAUCACGCUGGCGGCGGCGACGACUUCUUCCUUCUGCUGCUGGACCCGGUGGGUGGCCACGUGGAGACUGCGGGCGCCGGCCAGGCCACAGGGCCCGUGUGGAGGGAGGAGGCCGCGCCAGGCCCGGGACUCCAGGGGCGCGAGAGCGGCGCGAACCCCGCGGGCCGCCCUGAGCUGGGCCCCUGCUGCCCGUCCGCGAGCCCCGCCCCGGCCCCGGCCCCGAUCCGCCCCCCAAGCCCGGGCCCCGCCGCGGCCUUCGCUGGCACGGUCACCAUCCACAACCAAGACCUGCUGUGGCGCUUUGAGAACGGGGUCCUCACCCUGGCCACGCCCCCGCCGCCCGCCUGGGAGCCCGGGGUCGCGCCUGCCCCGCAGGUCGGGGGUCUGAUCAUCCCCCAGCCGGGGGAGCCACACGCCACUCAGCCCGGCGACUGCCCCGAGCUGCCGCCCGACCUCUUGCUGGCCGAGCCGCCUGAGCCCGCGCCUGCUCCGGCGCCCGAGGAGGGGGCGGAGAGCCUGGCCGCCGCCGAAGGUCCCCGCGGAUCACUGGGCCCAGGCUCAAGCAUGGUGCUGUACGUGUGCCCAGAGGCGCAGUGCGGGCAGACCUUCGCCAAGAAGCACCAGCUGAAGGUGCACCUGCUGACGCACAGCAGCAGCCAGGGCCAGAGGCCCUUCAAGUGUCCCCUGGGCGGCUGCGGCUGGACCUUCACCACUUCGUACAAGCUCAAGCGGCACCUGCAGUCGCACGACAAACUGCGGCCCUUUGGCUGCCCGGCGGAGGGCUGUGGCAAGAGCUUCACCACCGUGUACAACCUCAAGGCGCAUAUGAAAGGCCACGAGCAGGAGAACUCAUUCAAGUGCGAGGUGUGCGAGGAGAGUUUCCCCACGCAGGCCAAGCUGAGCGUCCACCAGCGCAGCCACUUUGAGCCAGAGAGGCCCUACCAGUGCGCGUUUUCCGGUUGCAAGAAGACGUUUAUCACAGUGAGUGCCCUGUUUUCCCAUAACCGCGCCCAUUUCAGGGAGCAGGAACUCUUUUCCUGCUCCUUUCCUGGCUGCAGCAAACAGUAUGACAAGGCCUGUAGGCUGAAAAUUCACCUUCGGAGCCACACGGGCGAGAGACCUUUCCUUUGUGACUUUGAUGGCUGUGGCUGGAACUUCACCAGCAUGUCCAAACUCUUAAGGCACAAAAGGAAACACGAGGAUGACCGGAGGUUCACGUGCCCUGUGGAAGGGUGUGGGAAAUCUUUCACCAGGGCCGAGCAUCUGAAAGGUCACAGCAUAACCCACUUGGGCACAAAGCCUUUUGUGUGCCCCGUGGAAGGCUGCUGUGCCAGGUUCUCCGCUCGCAGUAGUCUAUACAUUCACUCCAAGAAACACCUGCAGGAUGUGGACACCUGGAAAAGCCGUUGCCCAGUCUCCACUUGUAAUAAACUUUUCACAUCCAAGCACAGUAUGAAGACCCACAUGGCCAAAAGGCACAACCUCGGCCAGGACCUCUUAGCUCAGCUGGAAGCUUCGAAUUCUCUUACACCCAGCAGUGAACUUAUCAGCCAGGGACAGGGCGAUGUCAGUGAUGCAGACCUAGUACCUCUCUUUUCUGAUGUGCCUGGCAGUAGUUCUGCUGCAAUGCUGGACACGGCCUUGGUGAACUCUGGAAUCUUGACUAUUGAUGUGGCUUCUGUGAGUUCAACUCUGGCAGGGAACCUCCCUCCUAAUAAUAAUUCCUUAGGGCAGGCUAUGGACCGUCGGGCCUCGAUGGCCACCAGUGAUCUUCCUCAAAGUCUGGAUACCUCUCUCUUUUUUGGAACAACGGCCACAGGUUUUCAGCAGAGCACCUUAGAUAUGGAUGAUGUCCCAAGUGUAAGUGCAGGGCCACUGGGCUCUUUGCCUAUAAAGAACUCGAGUCAAGAGCCCCAAGCUCUGACCCCCAGCAAUAAGUUAACAGUGGACACAGAUGCUCUGACUCCUUCAAGCGCCCUUUGUGACAACAGUGUCUCAGCACUACUGACGCCAACCAAAGUGGAAUGGAACGUACAUCCUGACUCUGACUUCUUUGAACGGGAGGAAGAAACCCCGUUUGGGUUCUCCAGUCCAGCAGGAAACCAUAGUUCUCAGAAAGAAACAGAUCUUACCACAGUGACUGGCAGCGCAUUUUUGGUAUGAACUAUAGUCAUUCAUCGUCCCAUGGCUUACUUCUGUUACACUCAGUUUUGAGGAUAUUCUGGACAAAAUGUUUAAGUGCAGUCAUUUCUUACUGGUUUGCAAAAGAAUAGAUUCCCUGGACUACAAGUUGGAGAUUUAAAUUCUGAUCUUGAGUCUGGAACUGACAAGUUUUGUGACCUUGAGCAAGUCACUUAAGCCAUCUGAGCCUUAAUUUCCUUAUUUAUAAAAUGAGGGGGUUUGCAUAGAUUG